UCGCAGCGUUUAUUCAGUAAUGGCGACUGGUUGUUCUAGCUUAUCAACGGAUUUAAGUGCCUUUCGUGUCGAAAAGGCUCCUGAUUCUGUGUAUUACAUGCCGAAUUUUAUAACCACCUCAGAGGAAGGUGACCUACUUCGAGAAGUUUAUGCAGCACCAAAGCCAAAAUGGACAAGCUUAUCAGGGAGGCGACUUCAAAACUGGGGUGGUCUUCCUCAUCCAAAGGGAAUGAUACAAGAAGAACUUCCUCAGUGGCUGAAGAAAUACGCUGUACAACUUGGAUCUUUGUGUGUCUUUGAGAAAAAGAUACCGAAUCAUGUUCUGGUCAAUGAAUAUGAACCUGGACAAGGCAUCAUGCCGCAUGAAGAUGGUCCACUUUUCCAUCCUGUUGUGUCCACCAUCAAUCUGGGCUCUCACACCGUGUUAGAUUUCUAUACUCAUGUUAGAGAGAAAGACGACUCACAAGAAAUCAUCCAACAAGAUGGAAGUACUGAGACCAACAGCUCGAUGAAUGCUCGUCACGUCAUGUCACUUCUUCUGGAGCCUAGAAGUCUUCUGAUAUUGACUGGAGACCUUUACAAGAAUUACUUACACGGAAUAGAGGAGAAGAAGUACGAUAGUAUUGACAACAGGAUUAAAAACUUGGAGUUAUGUCAAGCCAAACUUGGUCAAACAAUUGAGAGAUCCACGAGAAUUUCAUUGACUAUUCGACACGUUCCAAAAACGCUCAAACUAAAGCUAAAGAUCGGCAAAUAGACUGACUAAAGGAUCAGUUUAAUGGAAAAUGGCCUACAUCAGUGUCGUUAUAAUGAUUUUGCCAUGCAGUUUGGAAAGGACUUUACAGCAGUGCAAGGUUCCUCCCAUUUGUACGGUAUGACGUCUUGCAUGUGGUCAAUACUCUAACCUUCCACUAGAACCCACUUAUUCUAUGGAGUAUAGAAUGUCAAUUGCGGGUGAAUUCCAGAGUACGAUAGACCUUAUCCACUGUUUUCCCAUUCCAGUAUCAUUUCUUUGUUUGACAGUUGCACAUGAGAAGACAUGAAUAUAGAUAGAUACAAUUCAAACAAAGAAUCUUAUUCUCAAGAGAAUGACACGUAAUCUGAAAUGGGAAAAUAUUAUUCCUAGGUGGACUAGCUCCGUUACAUUAAGGACGCUCGAACUAUGAACACUGUGUUUUUUUUUCCAUGCUGUUUCCUGAACUCAUGCACUGUUUCAAACCCUCUAAACUGAGGCACCGAGUAUGUCCUCACUUCACUCAAGGGAUGCUUUACAGCAUCCAUUUAAAAAAAGCGAAAAACAUUUAGGAGUUUUGACGGUUGGAGGGUCCUCACUGUAAGUAGUUACACCUGUAAAUGAUGCAGAUUAAAUAUUGAAAUACAGUGAAAUACAGUGAAA